AUGUCUUUAGACAAUAACCGUUGGUUCAAAUCAAAUACUCGGACAUCUGUUUCAAGGCCUAGUAACGGGCCUCCAAUGUUUCAGAGUGAGAGUGGUAUGAGCACCCCUCUCAGUCUGCCUGAUGUCUACAAAGAGCCUCCACACAAAUACCCAGGCCUUGAUGUUGCUCAAUCGUCUACUGGUGUCAUCUGGACAACUGAACGUGCUUCCGAAGUUGGUUUUACCUAUGAGGACCCUACCUGGUCAAAUCUGGGUCAAGGUGCCCCCGAAGUUGGGGAAAUUGAAGGAUGCCCUCCCAAGCCAGAGAAUAUUGAUAUCAGCGUGAAUACUCGGGAAUACGCACCUACUGCUGGUAGAAGAGAUUUGCGUGAGGCAGUUGCAAACCUUUACAAUGUCAGUUAUCGUCAAGGUAAAUCCAGUCAGUAUACUUGGGAAAACGUUUGUAUAGUCCCCGGAGGUAGAGCUGGUUUGAUUCGUAUUGCUGCUAUUUUGCGUGACUGCUACCUGUCUUUCUUUUUCCCCGAUUACACUGCGUAUUCUGAAAUGCUUGCACUUUUCAAGAAUUUUGCACCUAUUCCAGUUCCUCUUGAUGAAAGUGAUAGCUACAAGGUCCAUUUGGAAACAAUUCGUAACGAACUUAAACGUGGUGUCACUGCUCUUCUUACCUCGAAUCCUAGAAAUCCCACUGGUCAUAGCAUUGAAAAAGAUGACCUUAAAAAGCUCCAUGACAUGUGUCGUGAGCACUGUUUACUUAUUAUGGAUGAGUUUUACUCAAGAUAUAACUACAAGACCAAUUGUGACGGUACUGCUGUCUCGUCUGCAGAAUUUGUUCAGAAUGUGAAUGUUGAUCCUGUUCUUAUUCUUGAUGGUCUCACUAAAGCUUUCCGUCUUCCUGGUUGGCGUAUUUGCUGGAUUCUUGGACCUAAAGAAUAUAUCAAUGCUCUUGCUUCUGCUGGUUCCUAUCUUGAUGGUGGAUCCAAUGUUCCCUUUCAAAAGGCAGCUGUUCAAUUGCUGGAGCCAGGUCGUGUUCUUACUGAAAUGAAGGCUUUACAAACCCAUUUCAAAAUGAAGAGAGAUUAUUGUAUCCAACGUCUUGAAGAAAUUGGAAUUAAGAUGAAGUCAAUUCCUGAUAGUACAUUUUACUUGUGGCUUGAUUUGACAAGCUUACCAGGGAAAAUUAAAACAGCCUUGGGAUUUUUCCAGGAAUGUCUUAAAGAAAAAGUCAUUGUUGUUCCUGGUGUCUUUUUUGAUUUAAAUCCUCUUGCUCGACGUGAAAUUCACGAUUCACCAAUGUUUCAUUAUAUUCGUUUGUCUUAUGGUCCUGAUAUUGAAACACUGAAGCGUGGUUUGGAUGGCAUCCAAAGAGUUGUUGAAAGAUAUAGAGCCUCUUAUCAAGCCUCUGUUUCUAUUUUACCCCAGCGUUGA